AUGGCCGAGGCACGCAGACCGUCAGUAAUAAGCAAUGGACUGAGGUCCCGCUUUCUUGGCAAGGUGAACAGCUUCGUCGGGGGAGUUUUACUCGCGACCGUUUUUCUGCACAUGGUUCCAGAACUGAGGGAGGACCUAGAGGCGAGCUUGCAUGGACACGGGAUCGUUACGGACUACCCCUUGGCCGAACUGGUGACGUGCAUUGGGUUUUUCAUUGUCCACCUGGUGGAAACUUUAACAAGUCUUUGUUCGCCUCAUGAUCACCCGGACAGCCCGUCCCAAGAUGUGGGUCGGGACCGACGAUCGUACGGCGCAGUCGGUGGGGAGGAGGAAACUCGUCCAUCGGAACCCAUCCACAUGGAUAAUCCGUCAGCUCGGUCAUCGGACGGUCUUGUGGACUCAAGUGACAACGCGCCGAGUGGGGGAAGAAACGCGCUUCACACACUCGUGCUUCUCGUCGCUUUAAGCGUCCACGCCACGUUGGAAGGGAUCGCACUGGGUGUCCAAACCGUGCAGUCAUCUCUUCUGUGGCUGUUCUUCGUAGUCGUCGUCCACAAGAGCAUCUUAGCCCUCAGUCUGGGGAUGAACGUCGCAACCGGUAACCUGUCACUGCCUUACAAAGUCGCCACCUGCGUGGUCUUUAGUGUGUCAGGUCCUGUAGGACAUGGAAUCGGUCUCCUGGUGACCGACGCGGACGGCGGCGGUCUCGUCACCAGCAUUCUGCAGGGGUUGGCGGCGGGAACUCUGCUACAUGUCACCUUCAUGGAGGUUCUGUCCAAAGAACUGAAAGGCGGUGAUCUGCUGUGUGUGCUGUGUGCCAUCAUUGGGUUCGCUCUCCUUGCGGGACUGACUGCCUUGCCGGAAUGA